AUGUUUUCCAACCUCGCCUCCAAACUCGGCUUCUCCUCUCCCCAAAAAUCCUCCUUCGCCGUCAAAGUCUCCUCCAAAACCCAGAGCAAGGCCCCCGUCCAAGUCACAUACACCCACAACGACGUCCCCAUCCCGGACUCCUUCCUGACCACGCCCCCCGCAACGCCCAUCGCCUGCACCCACAUCGACUGGGCCUCGUCCCCUCUCCCGGAAAACCAAGGCCGCACCGCCCUCCUCCUCAGAAACGUCCUCUCGCCGGAAGAGUGCAAGCAGCUGAUCGCCCUGGCGGAGGACUCGGUGCCGAGGGAGGCCGGCGACUCGGCGUGGAGGCCGGCCCUUGUCAGCUUGGGGCCGGGAUGGGAGGCUCCCGCCCCGGGCUACCGCGAGAGUGACCGCAUCAUCUGGAACCAGCAAACCGUCGUCGACCGUAUCUGGGAGCGUUGUGCUCAGGCAGACGGCCUCCGCGAGCUGCUGGCCGUCGUACCGCCUCAAUCACCCAUGGGCGGCGGCAAGUGGGAGUUCAGCCGCGUCAACGAGCGGAUGCGGUUCCUUAAGUACUCUCCUGGCCAGUACUUCAAGCCCCACUGCGAUGGUCCUUACUGGUACAAGGACGGCGAGAGGGAGUUCCAGACUCACUACACGAUCCAGCUCUAUCUCAACGACUCUGUCGAGAGCGACCCGCAGUCAGAACUCGAGGGCGGCGCCACCUCAUUUCUCGGCAGAAAAAACGGCGGCAGAGUCGACAUCCCCCCCGAGGCGGGAAACGUCUUGAUCUUCCAACACAGGGGCCUACUUCACGAGGGCGCCACGGUAACAAAGGGGACAAAGUACACAAUAAGGACGGAUAUUUUGUAUGAAUGGAUUUCGCACGUUGAACCGGCUGCAGAAACUGCAGAGGAGACUGCUGCUUGA